AAAGUGAAGAAGGAAUAAUAUAAAAUUCGUACACACAUCUUUUUCUAUGUCUUUAAGAGUUAGCGAAAACACCAUAGAUUUUAGUCACAUGUGUCUCUCUUGCAUGUUGUGUCUUUAACCCGUCAAUUUCAAUUUCAUCCGGCCUCCUCUCUCUUUCGUCUUCUAUCCUCUGUGUUUCUUUUCUCUGUUUUAGUGGCUGUGGUCGUUUGUAUUGGUCAUACAGAAACAAGUAGGGAGAUCUUUAACUCUGGCAUACACAUACGCGGAUUCGGCGUUGGUCGGAUCAAGAAGUGUUUCCUUUUUUCCCGGCGUCAUUCUUUCUUCUAUAGUCAUCGAUUUGGUGCUCUCGCAACUUCCAAUAGAUUACGGCUAAGUCUUAGUUUUCAGAUAAUGAAGAUGUUACACUGCUUUGCUGGAUUGAUCAAUAGGAAGAAACAUAAGGGGAAUUCAAAACCUCUGCCACCGAAAACACAAAGAAUCCUUCAGAUCAGGCUUGAGGAGCCAGUGAAGCCUCUGGAGAAUGACGAGCCUAACAUCUCAGGCUACGACAAGGACAGUCCUAUCAAGCACGAGUCUUAUGACGGCGAAGAUGAACGCGACGACAAGGAUUCAACAGACCGUGAGUUUCCUAAAUUCGAAGAUCAAGAACGAGUCAGAGCCGUUGAAUCUCUUAAAAGCAAGGAGAUUGUCAAGGAAGUUACAGAUACUUCUGACAAUGGUGAUGAUGAUGCUGAUGAUGAUGAUGAAGGUGGACACGUUAGUGAUCCAGGAUUAGGCAGAGCCACGGCUUGGGUAGCUUCUCCUAAGCUUAAACGAUCCUGCUCCACUCUCAGCAAGUUCAAUGGCAGGUUCCAAGGUUCUGAUCUCCAUGACCUAAGAGAGACCGUUCCGGUUGGUAAUGAAUCAGUGAGGUCUCAUAGAAGUGCAGAUAGAGUGAUGCUCAAGAAACACUCAUCCAUGCAGAUACUUCCCUCUGGGAGCCGCCGGCUCUGGUGGAAACUGUUCCUAUGGAGCCAUAGGAACCUUCACAAACACCGUGUUUCGCUAAAGUCACAGCCUUUGAACAAGAACCAUCAGUCUGGAUACACCUCUGACUUUGCUGAGCACAACCAAUCGAGCCAUGAUGAAGAAUCUACAAACAAUUGCGCUGAGUUCACAAACCAAUCAUCAAACUUAUGGCCUCGUCAUAAUCAGUGGGUAGCCUUCUCUGCUGAAUCCUCUUCGAUGAAACGAGUGGACGAGUGGGUAAGAGGCCUCGAUAUCGAAGCCACAGUUCUUCUAGACAACGAGGAUAAGGAUGUCUUGGCCAGCUUCCCAACUUCUCCUAAUACAGAGAGAUCACCCUCACGAAAUGUGGUUCAGUCCGGUAAUGUCACGGAGGCUAUAGUGCAUGCAAACAGCCUAAUCCAAUCGCUGAGCAAAUCCUCGAGCGUGGCUCACAUCUCGAGCAUAGGCUUGAAAGCGAUCCCAAGCAUCUCACAUUUCACCAGCCUCAAGUCCAUUGAUCUAUCAAACAACUUCAUAGUUCAAAUUACCCCUGCAUCGCUUCCAAAGGGACUCCACGCAUUAAACCUGUCCAAGAACAAGAUCAGUGUUAUCGAGGGACUAAGAGAUUUGUCACGCCUAAGAGUGCUCGAUCUCAGUUACAAUCGUAUAUCGCGCAUAGGACAAGGUUUAUCAAACUGUACACUAAUCAAGGAACUAUACCUCGCCGGGAACAAGAUCAGCAAUGUAGAAGGCUUACACAGAUUGCUGAAACUCAUCGUUCUUGAUCUUAGCUUCAACAAGAUCGCCACCACCAAAGCAAUAGGCCAGCUCGUUGCCAACUACAACUCUCUCGUCGCUCUGAACAUUCUUGGAAACCCGAUUCAGAACAAUAUCGGUGAGGACCAGUUGCGCAAGACUGUCUCUGGCCUUCUCCCUAAGCUAGUUUAUCUAAACAAGCAGCUCAUUAAGCCACAACGAGCCAGGGAAGUUCUCAAAGAUAGUGUAGCGAGAGCUGCGUUUGGUGGCGGAGAUUCUCUUCACCAUCGACGCAAAAGAACAUCCACCAAGAAAGCUGUGGGAUCAGCCUCCCCUAGCGCUCACCACCGAGGCCAUAUUGGAAAGGGACGUGGAUCUAAAAGCAGAAGAAGCCAACAUCAGCUAAGGAAAACUUCAGCUGCAGAGACACCAUCACAUUGAACAUCUCAUUUUAUUUUUUUAUGUAUGGAACUUAUGAAUUGGCCAAUGCAAAGAGAUCUCCACCAUAGCAGCUCCCGAUUCCAUAUCUUCACAUUUGUAUAGCUUAAACAGAGUCAUCUCUAUUCUUUGAAAUACAACAUCUGUUCUGUUUCUCUUGGGUGAAUUUGUGUUUUCUAACGCUUA